UAAAAAUUACGUUUAUGUAUUUAGAUUAUAUUUAUUGAAAAUUGACUGAUUCAUUAAUAGCAGUCUGCAGUUCGCUGCAAUUCAAGCUAGAUUAUGAAUGAUUACUACGUAACAUCGAAUCAUCAGCAUUCCGCCCAUCAUUUCCGCCUGCCGGGACGAAUCAUCAAAAGAUACUCCACGGCAUUCGUACGCGCGGUUCGCCGGCUGUGAGUUAGGAUCAGGUUUCUAAGGCGUCCUUUUGCAGAGGGAAGAGCAGGGGGAAGGAGCCGAGCUAGGCACGAGAAAAAAGGAGAACCACCUUACGAAACUCGUCUCGUGAGAAUUCGGCAUAAACCCUUGGUCCGGUGACCCUGUCCCUUUAUUCGCGAAAUGAUCGUUUGAGGCGCGCGCCUAACAGCAAACUCCAGUCCGUGACCACGUGCUUACGCGUGAAGCAGUGCGCCCACUCGAUUCGAGUUUAUCGCGUCCGUCGUGCGUCCGUGGCGUUAAUUAGAAAAAUCGAUCGUCGAACGCGCGCGUCCGCCGGUAUCCAGCGUUCGUUUUAAGUUCUUGCCGGCAGCCCGAUAAUUACCGUCUCGCGUGUCGCGACAGGGCCCACGAAAUGUUGCUCGCACUCAAGCACUUCAAGAGAACGCCGAUCUACGUGGAGGAGGACCACGAUGACGUUCUUCCGAUCAUAUAUCGGUGUAUAGGCUCGAAGCAUCUGCCCUUCGAAGGUAACACCAUUGUACAUCUGGAUUCGCAUCCCGACAUGUUAAUACCGAAAGAGAUGUCGGCUGAUACAGUCUGGGAUAAGAAUGACUUGUUUAGCGAGAUCAGCAUCGAGAAUUGGAUCAUGCCUGCAGUCUACGCGGGUCACCUUAAGAAUCUGAUCUGGGUGAAACCACCGUGGGCUAACCAGAUGACCGAUAGUGUGCUAACGUUCCUCAUCGGCAAGCACAAGGAGACCGGCUGCAUAAGAUUGACCUGCACUGAGCCGUACUUUCUUAGCGAGGGUUUGUAUGCGACACCGGAAGAGCUUGAAAAUACUCGCGACGUCACUUUGCAUGUGAUGACCAUCGGAGCCUUUAUUAAAGAUUCAUCGAUGAAGGAUGAUUUUACAGCCGUCAGCUCGGCGUUGCGUCAAUAUCUCCCCGAGAAGGAUGCUCCAUAUAUCUUAGACAUCGAUCUUGACUUCUUCAGUACUGGAAAUCCAUUUAAACAUCUUUUGGAACGCGUAAAUCUCUACGACAAGUUGACUCCUCUAUUUAACUACAGAAGGGUGGAAUCAGAUGAACCGGAGGUUCUGAAAGAGUCGAUGAUAGAGAGAAAUGAACAAAUGUCGGAAUUAAAAAAUCUCUUCAGCCAUUUACAAGACCAUCGUUCUCUACGAGGCUACGACGGUCCCAAGAUAUCACGAUACGAAGCUGUGGAGCGAAUUUUUCAAGAAGUCACUAGUGCCUACAGAGAUCACGAAAUCGAUUGGAUGCUGGUAUAUACUGCAGGUUGCACUAUAGAUAAUACUACUUUACCUGAACACGUGACAGAACUUAGUGAUCUUGAUCGCUUAAUCAACGGAACGUUCAGACUAUUCUUAGCAGCUCUGCCUACACCUCCAACAAUCGUCACUAUAGCUAGAUCUAGCGAGGAUGGUUACACUCCUCUGGAAAAUGUUGACCAAAUUCAAGAUCAUGUACUCGACCAACUUCGUGAACGCCUGGGACCAGAAAUAGAUGUUAAGUUAAUCUAUCAAGAAGAAGAAGAGAAACAUUAAAUAAAUGAAAAAGAUAUGUCGUAUAAGAAGGCAUGCACUAUUUGAUUGUUUACAUCUUUUAAAUCACAAUUCUUCUAAUAAAAAUAUACUUAUACAAACA